CAAAGUGUGGUGGUGCUAGAUGGAACCUCGCGCAGUCUAAUAGCAUAGGCUCCGCGGCCAUAAAGUGGACAGAAGCGUGGAUUUGUGGGCACCAUAUGCUAUAUUCACGUUUCAGAUGGGAGAAUAACGAAGAGAAAUAGGGUUCCACCUGUUUGAAUAAAUCAGCGAGAUCUUAAAUGAGUCAGCUGACCCUCUUUGUUUUCCUCCCUCCCUCCCGUCUCUCUCUCCCUCUUUGUCAUUCCUCUCCCCACUAUCUGCAGGCUGAGAUGGUAGCGAGGUCCACAUCUUCAUAGAUUCUCCCUCCCCUGGUCCACGGACUCUACGUUCUACGUCAUGGAGAAGAUCUCCACCCAAAGACUUUAGUUCCCCAUUCCUCCAUUUGGAGGGUGAAGGAGAGUCCCGUCGUCUUGGACGUAGCUGCACAACCUGCUGGAGAAAGUGAAGAGAAACAUGUAGUAUUUCUUUCUCCACCCAGGGGGGAGGGUAGAUUUACCUUUAGUUUCUUUCCCCCAUUGAUUUAAGUGUGUUUUAUGUGAGCCGAGAUGGUCCUCCACACCUCACCCUACUCCAGUGCCUUCCUACGCUGCCUCAGCAGCCUGUCGUGGGGCUUCAUCUUCCCCUGCUACUGGCUGCUGGACCGCCUCCUGGCCUCCUGCGUGGCCACCACUCUGGAGAAGCGCCGGCGCUCCCAGGACCCCUGCUCCUUCAUGACUCUCUAUUUGCUGGUGUCCACGCCCCUCUACCUGCUGCUCCUCCUGGCCUCGCUGCCCUUCGCCCUGCUUGGCUUCCUGCUGUGGGCUCCCCUGCAGGUGGUCCGCCGUCCCUAUCUGUACACCCACCGCCGGCCGGACAAGAACCAGGCCGAACAGGGUGGCGCCGCAUCACUGGCCGACUGGAGGCCGCAGGGCCGCAGUUUCUGCUUCGGCAGCGCCAACGUGUGCCUGCUGCCAGACUCCCUGGCACGCUUCAACAACUUGUCCGAGACCCAACGCCGCGCCUACAAGGUGGGUAAGCGCAUCCGGAACGGGGCGAGCCGACCGCAAAUAAAGAUAUACAUCGACUCGCCCACCAACACUUCUAUUAGCGCCGCCUCCUUCAGCAGCCUGGUCACGGGCUUCCGGCGCACUUCCUCGCUGGACCAGCGGCCCGAGAACACGGCGGAGGCCGAGACCGAACCCCUCGCCGAGUGUCCAAUACACACCGCGGGCGCCGACUGUCCAAUACACCCAACUGGCGAACAGAGCUCAUCCGACUGCCCCGUCCACGCAGCCGGUGAAGAGAAUGCGCCGGACUGCCCCCUUCACGCUGCCGCCGUCCAGAACACCUCCGACUGCCCGGUGCACAGCGCAGGAGCCCAGAACUCCCCGGAAUGCCCCAUGCACGCCUCAGCGGUGCAGAUCAGUAUCAGCGCCCCGGAACCGGAUCCCCCGGAGGUCCAGACAGGGAACCACCACGGCGAGGCGGACAGGGAGAGCAUGACAGGGGCAGUGACCUCAAACAACACCCUCUCUCACCGCACCUCCGUGUUCAAGAAGCACACCGGUCGCAAGAGGCGCCACGGUGACGACGGCUUCGACCACGAGAUUUCGGCCUUCUUCCCGGCCAACCUGGACUUCCUGUGUCUGCAGGAAGCAUUCGACCACCGGGCGACGUCCAGGCUGAGGCAGCAGCUUCACCGAUACUUCCCCUACGUGGUGAGCGACGUGGGCCGCUACGCCUGGAAGGGUUGCUGCUCCCGCUUCAAGUUCCUCAACAGCGGCGUUAUGCUCGCCAGCCGUUACCCCAUCUUGGACGCCCACUACCAGUGCUACCCCAACGGACGGGGGGAGGAUGCCCUCGCAGCCAAAGGAGCCCUAUUCGUCAAGGUACAGGUGGGAACCUCCAGUCAGGAGCAGAGGGUUGUGGGAUACCUCGCCUGCACCCAUUUACACUCCAUUGAAGGAGAUGCAGCUGUGCGUUGUGAGCAGUUGGAUCUGCUCUUGGCAUGGGGGGCAGAGUUCCGCAAAGCGACGUCCCGCCCCUCAGAGGAGAAGGGUCUAGAGGACCAGGUGGCCUUUGACGUUGUCCUCGGGGACCUCAAUUUCGACAACUGCUCCUCAGAGGAUAAGCUGGAGCAGCAACAUGCCCUGUUCACCCAGUACAAGGACCCCUGCCGCCUGGGGCCAGGGGAGGACAAGCCGUGGGCUCUGGGUACACUACUGGACACCAGUGGGCUUUAUGACGAGGAGGUCAGCUCACCAGAGAGUUUACAAAAAGUGAUGGAGAAUGAAGAGGGGAGGAAGGAAUACUUGGUGUUCCCCACAAGUAAAAACCAAUGUCCAAAUCAGAAGGGCAGAAAGAUCCCCCUAAAGGGCAACGGGAGGAGGAUCGACUACAUCCUUUACAACGAAGAAGUGCAGCAGGACUGGAAAGUGGACAUUGAGGAGUUCAGCUUCAUCACCCAGCUGGCUGGCCUCACCGACCACCUGUCUGUGGCCAUGCGCCUGGCCGUGUCCACCGGGGAGGAGGAGCCGUAGUCCACACCCUUUACACUGCCACGGAGGAAAACAGAACAGAGAGGGAAAAGAGAGAGAACUAAAAGGACUCGGGCCUGAGAAAGAGAGAGAGAGCAUGAAAUAGAAGAAAUGUAUGGACAUGAAGAGAAUGAAAAAGAGGAGCAGAUGCAGAAGAGUCGUGUGAUUCAGAGAGAAGCUGAUGCUGAGUGAUAAGAGAGCUUGUUAUGUGUCAGAGUUCUGGACUGGGUCCUGAGGGACGCAGCCAAUUGACUCACACACACUGUUUCAAUUUGACUCAUGCACCUGUACAUGCACUCUACUUUUUCCACUCCUGGUCCUCGUGGACUGUGUGCUCCCUAAUGACGGAGUCCCAAUGAUUGAUUUACUACAAAUCAUUUUCUGUAUUUAGGUACCUUUCAGUUUUAGGCCUAAUUUAUGUCAGACCUUAUGUUUUUCCCUGAGGGGCUUGGAAGUGUGGGACCUUUGUUGUUCAUUUGUCUGAUUAAACCCUGGAAAUAUGAGCCUUCUCCUUAGUCCUGGUAAUAUAGGAUGAGCCUUCUCCUUAGUCCUGGUAAUGUACUGUAGGAUGUAGCCUGGUUUCCUGUGGUCCUCUAUGUAUCUGUGCUGACGUGUUUCUUCCUCUAGUAUCCUCACUCCAAUUCAAGGAACCUCAGCAAAAGUGUCUUUUUUUCUAACUCUUUCUAAAGGUUUCUAUGGUCACUGUACCAUCUUUGUGGGGAGUUUUAAACACCUGCAUUUAAUACUUUACAUUUAUAAUGGAGAGGUUAUGUGAAAACCAACAUCUUUGACUGGCAACUGUUGUUUUCGAGGAUAACACUAAUAGGCAUGACGUGUUUCAGGGCAGUUGGUUGGUUGGUUGAUUGUUUUGGAGAGCUAAGCAGUGAGGCCUGAUAUGAUUAGAUAAAAGGGAACUUAUUCAGCAGGGCCUGGGGGGUGGGGGGUUCUGCAUGGGAAGGUGAAUUAGGGAUAUCAAAUAGCAAUCCUUUGAUUAUCUGUGGGGUUCUGAUGACAGACUGUUUGGGUUGGAAGCCUUGUCUCCAGGGCGAUAAGCAUGUUCCCCUGAUGAUACAACCUAAAAUGCUGCCAAUGUUUCUGCAUGAAAUGCCACACCUGCCAAUUCGCCACAAUCACACACACAUAACAUACACAGAUAUAUUACUUGGUGUUUAAACACAGAUAACAUACACAGACUCAUAUAUAAAACAUAGCCAUUACACACACGGCACAUACACAGACUCAUAUAUAAAACGUAGCCGUUACACACACGGCACAUACACAGACUCACAUAUAAAACGUAGUUUUCAAAGACACAACACACACCGCUGGCACUACUGCCUGCCUCGUGCGUAACAACACCACAGUUUUACUCUUCCACUUGCUCCAACAGUAUCCCUUAGACACCCAUGCUAUUACGGGCUGUAUCACAGGACGAUGAGAGAUGUGGGUCUGUGUGCAGGACUGGUUUUAGGACGUAUGAUUGACCCCAUGCCCCCUUUAGCAUGGUGCAGUAUUUCUAGACCUUUUCCCUGGUUGUGGCCACAGCAGAGGCCAAUGUUUACACAUGCGUAUUGGUUUCAGGUCAGUGAGGAAGCCUGGUCUGUCAGGAUAUCUCUACUCUGUAUGUAUGUGCUGUGUGUAUGUAUGUGCUGUAUUAUUGCCCACUGGGCAUUUCUACUCAUCUACUAUCAACUGGCUGCUUUUAUACUCUUUAUUAUUAUGAUGGUUGUUAUUAUUAUUAAUAUGACGAUCACUAUUAUUUACAUUGUUAUUGUUAUUAUCAUUACUAUUGUUAUAAUUAUAAUCAUUAUUAUUAUUAUUAUUCGUAGGGUUUAUAUAUGUGCUUUUUGACUACAGUACAUGCCUCAUUUUGAAUCGACCUGCGUGAUUCUUAUUAAGGAUUUUUCAGUUCCCUGGUUUACUGCUUAGACCUAUUGAAGAUUAAAACACCCUUGUGCUGAUCACACUCUCCAGGAACUCAGCCUUCACAGGGUCGACUCUGUUUGAGUCAGGGACUGGGGGGUUCAGUGGGCAGACGGGGAACUGCUUUAGUUGCAUGCAGUGUGGUAUGAUGACGCUCCCCGCCUUCUGUUCUCUUGCCACAGAUAACACAACAUGCUAUCCUUUAAAAAAAAACAGUCACUGAUUGUUUUGUAUUUCAUUCAUGGUGGGGAAUGUUCCUUUAGGGUAGCCUUGUCUUCUGAGUAAAGUGGCAGGGAGUUUGUUUUUCUCUUUUUAAGCUUAUUUGACAAACAGCUUAUUUUCUUCUGCUUUUAAAAAAAAUCCCCUCUUUGAA